UCUUAGUAUAACAAAAAGUAAAAAAAGGAAGAGAAAGAAUCUCAUUCAACAGUGUUUGUUAAUACUUAGAAAUGUAUUUAGAUGAAUAUCUGUUAGAGGAAGAUCUCUACUGUUGUGUAUAUAAGAAGAUGUUCAGAUGAUAUUCUUCACACAUCGAUCUCUGAGAUCUUGAAGCUCAACACAACUUCUCCAGGAUUCAUUUCUUCACAUCAUCUAAAACAAUGAGACAUCUGAUGGCUUUGAUGUUUCUGGUGAUCUUCUGCUCUCUGCAGCUGACUUCAAGCGCUCCAGAAGCCCCUAAUAAGGCCAAAUCAAUAUGCUGCUUUAAGUUCAGCAAUGCACAGAUUCCUCUGAAACUGGUGAAGUCGUUUUAUAGGACUGACAGCAGCUGCCCCAAACCAGCUAUUGUGUUUGAGACAGACAAAAGGAAGAUCUGUGUAGAUCCAAAAACCAGCUGGGUGAGCAAGCACAUCGCUAAAGUGGAUAUGAAAACUACAACUAGCACAACAACUACAAUGACUACAUGUACAAAAACCUAAACCGACACAGUCUUAAUAAUCUAAAACUAAACAUCUUCUACACUUUGGUUCUUAUUUGGAAAUAAUAUAUGAUGACAAUAUUUUUUACUAAAUAUUUCUAACUUGUCUAAAUAAAAUUUUAUA